UUCCCCUUUGCCCUAUAAUAACACCUUAUAUUCACUUCUGCCCUUUCUCUGAUAGCAAAAGAAAAAAAGGGAAAUCACAAUUUCCUGUUUUGUCCUUAAUCAUGGCCGAAGAAGCGAAAGCCAAAGGCAACGCCGCUUUCUCAGCAGGCGAUUUCACAACAGCAGUAAAACACUUCACAGAAGCAAUCUCAAUAGCACCAUCUAACCAUGUCCUCUACUCUAACCGAUCCGCAGCUCUCGCUUCCCUCCACAACUACGCCGACGCUUUAACCGAUGCCAAAAAAACCGUCGAACUCAAACCCGACUGGUCCAAAGGCUACUCUCGCCUUGGCGCCGCUUACUUGGGCUUAAACCAAAUUCAAGAUGCCAUUUCAGCGUAUAAAAAAGGUCUCGAUAUUGACCCUAGUAACGAAGCCUUAAAGUCUGGUCUAGCUGAUGCUCAAGCCAGGUCGAGUGCUCCCCCCCCGCCCCCGAGUCCGUUUGGGGAUGCAUUUAAUGGACCGGAGAUGUGGGCUAAAUUGACGGCGGAUCCGUCUACUAGGAUGUAUUUGCAACAGCCUGAUUUUGUCAAGAUGAUGCAGGAGAUUCAGAAAAACCCUAAUAAUUUGAAUCUCUAUUUGAAAGAUCAGAGAGUUAUGCAGGCUUUAGGGGUUUUGUUGAAUCUCAAAUUCAGAGCUCCUAAUGCUGGCGCUGAAGAUAUGGAGGUGCCCCAGGAGGAUGAUCAUUCAUCAUCUCCUCCACCUCAGGCUGAGCAGCCGGCUAAGAAGGCUCCUCAACCGGAGCCUGAACCGGAACCAAUGGACGUAAUAACGGAAGAGGACAAAGAAGCCAAGGAGAGGAAAGCACAAGCAGUCAAAGAGAAGGAGUUGGGGAAUGCUGCUUAUAAGAAGAAGGAUUUUGAAACUGCCAUUUCGCAUUAUACUACGGCAUUGGAGCUCGAUGACGAGGAUAUCUCUUAUUUGACCAACCGUGCUGCUGUUUAUCUUGAAAUGGGCAAGUAUGAGGAUUGUAUAAAAGACUGUGACAAGGCUGUUGAGAGGGGAAGAGAACUUAGAUCAGACUUCAAGAUGAUAGCUAGAGCUUUGACAAGGAAGGGAACUGCCUUGGUGAAAAUGGCAAAAUCCUCGAAGGACUAUGAUUCUGCUAUUGAGACAUUCCAGAAAGCUCUUACUGAGCACCGCAAUCCAGAGACAUUGAAGAAACUAAAUGAAGCAGAGAGAGCAAAGAAGGAACUUGAGCAACAAGAAUACUUUGAUCCUAAGUUGGCUGAUGAGGAACGUGAGAAAGGCAAUGAAUAUUUUAAACAACAAAAGUAUCCAGAGGCUGUGAAGCAUUAUACAGAAUCUUUGAGAAGGAACCCCGAAGAUCCAAGGGCAUACAGUAAUAGAGCUGCAUGCUACACUAAACUAGGGGCCUUACCUGAGGGAUUGAAGGAUGCUGAGAAGUGUAUUGAGCUUGAUCCAACCUUUACCAAGGGUUAUACAAGAAAAGGUGCUGUCCAAUUUUUCAUGAAAGAGUAUGAUAAGGCUUUGGAAACCUACCAAGAAGGGCUUAAACACGACCCUCAGAACCAAGAAUUGCUUGAUGGUGUGAGAAGAUGUGUGGAACAACUUAACAAGGCUAGCCGUGGUGAUCUAAGCCCCGAAGAACUGAAAGAGAGACAGGCAAAGGCAAUGCAGGAUCCAGAAAUUCAGAACAUUCUCUCAGAUCCUGUCAUGAGACAGGUGUUGGUAGACUUCCAAGAGAAUCCCAAGUCAGCACAGGACCACAUGAAGAACCCCAUGGUGAUGAAUAAGAUUCAGAAACUUGUCAAUGCCGGAAUAGUCCAGAUCAGGUAGACUUGGAGACAGAACCAAUUCCAUGGACAUGCAUGUAGCCCUCUUUUCUCCUUACUGAAUUGUAAUCUCCAGUGUGGAUCGGUUGCUGAAAACAAAAUUAAGUUGGAAAGAUUUUUGUUAUGUUUUGUUUUUCUACAUUUACUCCAGACAUGUCGAUGUUCAUUUUCAUUAUCUCAUUCGUAUCAUAUUGGGGUAAUCGGCCUACAUUAUUAAGAACACUUUCUUCUUAUUUUUA